AGAUUGUUUAAUUUAUUACCUUAUUUUGAAUGUGAAGUAUUUUUCGGGUUUGACUGGCAGUAAUUUCCCGUCGCCACCGACAAAUAUUUUAUAAACCCUAAUUAUGCAAGGAAAUAUCAUCACAUAGAUUAUGAAUUUGGAAUCGAGGAAACGGAGACUGGACGAUGUUGCUGUCAUGAACAAUCGGUUUUUUCAAGGGUCCGCUAAGGACUGCCUAAACCAGGAGAUCGCUUGCCAAUAUCAAAACCUAAUGUAUCACCAAAUUAAUGACGAUCCUGCACUUCUUGGAGCAUCUUCAUCUCACGGGUCCUUUUUACCUAUUAGCCAACCAAGUGCAGGCUUUGGGUUCUCACAAGGUUCUUAUGUUCCAAAUCUGCCGAAUUCUGGCUUGAACUAUUCGAUGACAUCCAAUGUUGGCUUUGGCAAGCUCGGACUUGACGCUAUGUAUAAUUUACGGCACUUUCAGAAUUUUUCACAGGAUGAUCACAGAGGUUACACAAUGCUAAUCGAUUCUGAUGAUUAUUAUUCGGGUAAGACACCAUUUGAAGUUGGUGCUCAAGGUUUUCUCACAGAGCCAACAAAAGGUGAUAAUAUGGAGCUAGAUGAAUUCAUCUCGUUGUCGGAUCGGGAAUACACAAGUGCUUCAUUCAGGAGGUCCAAAUUAAGGCACGAACACUUGCCCAAUUAUGGACUACAGGCUCAUAAAUCAGGUCCUCCUGCACAUGUUGGGCAAAGAGGAUUUAGAAAUGUUCAAGUUCCCAGGCCAACAGAUUCAAUUAAUAUUCUAAUUGCAUAUGUCAGUUUCAGAAGCAAGCUAAAUGAUCUUGAAAGAAGGAAGCAGGAAUUUAUGAAUCACUUACACCAUAGACUGUGUAAGGUCCAAAUGUGCAGGUGUGAAGAAUAUCAUAAUUUGAUAUUACACUACCACAACUGUUGCAACACCAACUGUAUCUUAUGUAAACCAGUUCAUGAGUGGCACGAUACUAAGAAUAUGAAUGCCGGGCCUAUUUAUGUGCCGUGCCCUGUGAAGAAAGUUACAUCAGAAUCAGGAAAGUCGAAUCUAUAUAUGUCUAGAGAUUUCCGUGAUAGAGAUCACAUUCUUCCAGACAUGCAAUCUGCACCUAAACGAAUGAAGGUAGAAAAUGCUUCUAAGUUUGACAACUGGUCCCUGUUUGCGGUUAUCCUUCCACACUUACAGCAGUGUGAAGGAGGUAUGGUUGAUGUUGAGGAUUAUAUGGACAAGGCAAACAAAGAACCAUUGAGCUCCAAGGAAGCAUCAGCAAGACCUGUAGCAUGGAAUGAAGAUGCAGAUAAUGGUGAAUCAAUGGAGUCUAAUGAAUCAGAUGAACUUCUAGAUGUGGGGAAGUCACCUGAAGGCCAUACAAGCUCAGCCCCAGUGAAUGAGGUUCCCAUAUCCAGAGGUAACCUUGGGAAUAGUCUUCAAAAUUUUAAUGGUGCUCUCAAUCUUGACAACAUAAAGCUGGGAAAUGAUGAUGCUGUUACUCAUUCUGAAGAGCACAGAUUGGUUGUUGAACAACAUGAUGGGGGCUGUAUUAAGACUAGUAAAGUGGAAAGUGUAACCUUUGGCGGUCAAAGUACACUUUCCGACGGCAUUUAUGCUCUUCCUGAAGGCAAUCCUGGGAAAAGUCUUCAAACUUCAGCCAACGCUCUUGAUCUUGCUGACAUAGAGCUGGAUGAAGAUGUUACCAUAUCUCAUCCCCAAGGGCAAUAUAUGGUUGAUGAAGAGCAGGAGAUAGACUGCGUGAAGACAAGCAAGGUGCAAAGUGAUGUAACUUAUGGUCUUCAAGAUUUAAACUCUACCAGCAUUUCCGCUCUUCCGCAGAUACUUGAUCUUGGGAGAAGUCUUGGAACUUUUAAUGGACAUACUCUUGACAACGUAAAUCUCGGAAAAGAUGCUGCCUUUUCACAUUCUGAAGAAAACAAUUUGGUCGACAAACAGCAGGAGAUAGGCUGUAUGACGACUAGUAAAGUGGAAAGUAAUGUACCUUUUAGUCCUCAAAGUUUAAAUUCUAAAGGCAUUUCUGUCCUUCCUCAAGGCUCAGCAAUUGAUGAAGAAGAGAACUCCAAACUGAUGAGCCAGGUCUCGCACGAGACAGUAGAUGCUACAUAUGCUUUUGCCGACCCUGACAAUCAAUGUGGAAGAAUGUUGGAUGAUUUGAAAGCAUCAGGUGUUGCCUUAACUGAUUUCUUCACAGCUGAGCAAAUAAGAGAACACUUGUGUAGUCUCAAUCAAGAUAUCAACCUGGAACUGCAUGCAAGCAUAUACGCCCACACAGAUGGGUCAAAUACCUGUCAGCUAUGUGCUUUGGAAACGCUCACAUUUACUGCUCUGGCUAUGUGCUGUACAUCUUGUGGAGCUCGAAUCAAACACAAGGUGACUUAUUAUUGGACAAAAGAUGGAGCGGGUACGCAAUACUGCUUUUGUACAAUAUGCUUCAAAGAAGCUCGUGGUGGUAAAAUCUUAUAUAGGGGGAUCUCAUUUCCAAAAGCAGAGCUUUACAAGGGCAAAAACACGGAAGAAUCUGGUGAACCAUGGGUACAAUGCGACAGAUGUGAGCGUUGGCAACAUCAGAUUUGUGCUCUUUAUAAUUCUGAAAGAGAUCUGAAAGGGAAAGCAAAGUACAUUUGUCCAUUAUGUCGAUAUGCUGAGAUAAAAGCUAAGGGGCAUAUGCCUAUACCUCCAGUUUUUGGGGCACAAGAGCUUCCAAGAACCAAGCUUAGUGAUUACAUAGAACAAAGACUUUUUGAGAGUCUUCAGCGAGAGAGGAAACAGAGAGCAGAAUUUCUUGGAAAGAACCCUGAAGAGGUGCCUGGAGCGUCAGAUCUCACACUUAGAGUGGUGUUAUCUGUGAAUAAACAAUUAAGAGUGAAGCAGCAGUUUUUAGAUGUUCUCCAUGGUGAGACUUAUCCGGAAGAGUUUCCAUACAAAUCUAAGGUGAUUCUGUUGUUCCAAAAAGUUGGAGGAGUGGAUGUAUGCAUCUUUGCUAUGUAUGUUCAAGAGUUUGGGUCAGAAUGUGGGAACCCAAACAAACGCUCUGUAUAUAUUUCGUAUCUUGACUCAGUGAAGUACUUCAGACCUGAAAUAAAAACUGUGGCUGGUGUUGCUUUGCGUACCUUUGUAUAUCAUGAAAUACUGAUUGGAUAUCUUGAUUACUGCAAGCGGCUUGGUUUCAUUGCCUGCUACAUAUGGGCUUGCCCACCUUGGAAAGGGGAAGAUUACAUACUACAUUGCCAUCCUGAGACUCAGAAAAGACCAAAUUCACAUAAGCUAGUUCAGUGGUACAAGAAGAUGCUUAAGAAGGGCAAGGAAGAAAAUGUUGUGGUCGAAUUUACUAAUUUCUAUGACCAUUUCUUUGUUCCGAAUGGAGACUCCAACUGCAAGAUAACGGCAGCACGGUUGCCUUAUUUUGAUGGAGAUUUUUGGUCUCGUGCCAUUGAAGAUCUGGUAAAAGCAAUUGAGAAUGAUGGUGGAGAAUCUGACAGACAAUUGAAGAAUCAAAUGACAAAAAGAACUAUGAAAGCAAUGGGACAUAAUGAUCUUUCGGCUGAUGCAACGAAAGAUAUUCUAGUUAUGCAAAAGCUUGGGCAUAGAAUCCUGACUGCAAAGGAAGAGUUCUUCGUCGUUCAUUUGCAGUUUACCUGCACAAACUGUCAUGAAGCAAUACUGUCUGGAAGUUGUUGGUCUUGUAACCAGUGCAGCAAAUUUUACAUAUGCAGCAGAUGCCUUGAGCACGAGCACUCUUCCAAUUUACUGGAAACUCACAGUGGCAACUUUGGGGAUAAACACCAGCUCUAUAAGAUACCAGUGAAUGAGGAAGUAGCUGAUACUAACGAUAAUGAUGGUCUUUUAGAGAAUGAAUUCUUUGAUGAUAGACUUUCUUUCUUGAGCUUCUGUGAGAAGAAUUUUUACCGAUUUGACACACUUCGCCGGGCUAAGCAUUCAUCAAUGAUGAUCAUUCAUCAUCUCCAUAAAUCAAGAUCAAGAGCAAUGGAAGAAGCCAUCUGCAGUAUGUGUAAUCAGAAUGUAGUGGAAGGAUGGCAUUGCGAGAUGUGUCCCCAGUUCCAUGUUUGUGAUGCAUGCUUCCAAAUGGAGGGGGUUCAUUGUCAUAUUCACAAGUUAGUUAAGCAUUUUUUAAAGGCUGAUUCCAGAAAAGGGACUGAACAAAUGCAUCAGCAAUUAGCAUUGGAGGCUGAUUCCGGAAAGAAGAGUGAACAAAUACAGCAGUAUAGAAUCUCAGAGAUUCUGGAUCUACUAGAGCAUGCCAGUAAGUGUCAAUCAACCAAAAACAACCCCUGCUCGAACCCCAAAUGCCUUCCUCUCAAGAACACAUUCCGCCACACCAGGGAUUGUACACGUCGUGUAGCUGGUGGUUGCAUGCACUGUAAGAGAAUCUGGGAUAUGCUCGUAAUGCACUCAAACGUUUGCGAAGAUUCAAAUUGCAGUAUACCACGUUGCAUGGACAUUAAAAAUUAUAGAAGAAAACAGACCACAAAAUCUGACGAGGUGGUGUAAAGAUAGCAUUGUGUUGUACAGAAUAAAACAUAAAGAUUUCUGAGCAUGGAGAGCUGCUGGCUUUACUAGCCAUUUCAAAUUGUAUAUAACAGUUUGCAGCUUCAUGAACAUAUAGUGAUAAGCUCUUGAACCAUAUGUUCAUAGUUCCUCCUUUAUGUCAUCAUUGUAUAUUAUUAUUGUCUUAUAAUUCGUCGAUUUGUUGA